AAAAAAUGGAUGCUAUUAUAAGUUCAAUUAUUACUCCUGUUGUUGAAUCAUUGAUGGUCCCUCUUAAGAAGCAUUUGGGUUUUCUGGUAUCCUCCAGAAGAUAUGUUAGAGAUAUGAAGGAGAAAAUGGAACAAUUGAAUCUCACAGAGCAAGAUAUUCGGCAUACUUGGGAAGAAGAAGUUGCAAGAAAUCAUGAGGUAUCUCACCAUGUGUUGCCAUGGUUGGAAAAAGUCAAAGAGGUUAACGAAAAGGCGCAAAGUAUUCCAACUGGCGGAAUCGGAUGCUUCAACAUUGCAAAAAGAUACAAAGCAGGAAAACAAUCGUAUAAUAUUCUCAAGGGGAUACAAGCUCUUGAAACACAGAAAUCUGAGAUCGUGUUUACUAACGUACAAAUACCUCUUGCUGUGGUUGUAUCUACUUCUAUAGCACCUCCCACCUCUACCAGUACUGAUGGUACCCAACACAACUUCAAGUCAAGAGAUUUGAUAUACAAGGCAGCUUUGAAAUCCCUUCGAUCAAACGAUGAGUCCCAAAAGAUGAUUGCUCUAUGUGGGAUGGGUGGUGUCGGCAAGACCACAAUGAUGGAACAACUAAAGAAGGCCGUGGAAGCUUCAAAUUCUUUUGAUAGGGUUGUGAAGGUGGUUCUUGGGGAAAACACCGACGUAAUUGCUCUUCAACGAGCUAUUGCAAAGUACAUUGAUUCUGAGGAUUUAAAAGAAGAAGUUAUAGAUGCAAGGGCUGAUCGUCUUCAAAAAAUAUUUGAAGAGAUGUCAAAACAAGGAAAGAAAACUUUGGUAAUAAUGGACGAUAUUUGGAGCGAGGUCGAUCUUAAAGAUGUUGGACUAAGUCCAUUGCCAAAUGGGUUUAAGUUGUUGUUCACAUCACGAUCUGAAAAUGUUUGCGCUCGGAUGGGUGUUAAAACUGACUCAGUUUUUAAAAUACGCGUCUUAGAUGAAGCAGAAGCAAAAACUUUAUUUUUUGGAAUUGUGGGACCAUCUAUUAUAGAUGGUGAUGAACCAGAGAUCCAUAAGAUAGGAGAAGAUAUUGUGAAUAAAUGUGGGGGUUUGCCUAUUGCCUUAAAAACCAUUGCCAAAAGUCUUAUCGGUAACAUAAAGGAGGCAUGGCAAGAAACACUUUCAAAUUUACAACAUGAAGACCUUCAAGACCUUAAUGACAUCGUCCAUAAAGUUUUUGAAAUGAGCUACAACAAUCUUCAAAAGGAGGAUGACAAAUCAAUUUUUCUUCUUAGUGGCUUAUUUCCUGAAGACUUCGAUAUUCCUAUCGAGGACUUGAUGAGAUAUGGAUGGGGAUUGAAGUUGUUUACUAAGGUGGAUACUUUAGCAAAAGCAAGAAGACGAACAAUCAUAUGUGUUAACAACCUCAUACAAGCAAACUUGUUGACAGAAAGUGAUCGCAUGGGAUGUGUAAAGAUGCAUGAUCUCGUGCGUGUUUUUGCUUUAAGUAAUUUUUCAAAAGUCAAACAAGCUUCAAUAGUCUACCAUGAUAAUAUGUCUGGACAUCAGCUUAUAAACAACGAUGCAAAAGAGUCUUAUGAAAGAAUUUUAUUAAAGUGCACAGGUAUGACUAAAUUUCCUGUAGACUUUAAUUACCCAAAUCUCUCACUCUUGAUUGUUAUGGAUGGGGAUGACCUCCUCAAGUCUCCUCAAGGUAUUUAUGAAAAUUCAGAAAAACUUGAGGUUGCCUCUUAUGAGAAUAUGGGUAUUCCAUUACUUCCGGUAAUGUUUGAACACUCCACCAAACUUCGAACACUAUGCCUUCGUUCAUGCCCAUUGAUUGAUGAUAUAUCUUUCCUUGGAAGUCUUAGCAACUUGGAAGCAUUGAGCCUUGUUGAUUGUGGAAUAAGAAGGUUGCCAUCGAUGAUAGGAAUGUUGAAAAAACUGAAGUUACUAGAUUUGACUGGAUGUGUUGACCUACGCAUUGACGAUGGUGUCUUUCAAAACUUGGGCAGCCUUGAAGAACUUUAUAUGAGAGCUUAUAGAGGUAGUUGUAUUGAUUUCACAGAUGCCAACUGUGCCGAAUUGGAGAUACUUUCACAGAGGCUAUUUGCAUUAGAGUUGGAGUUGUUUAAGAACGAUAUCCAACCGAAAAACUUGUCUUUUGAAAAACUUGAAAGGUUUAGAAUAUCUAUCGGUUGUCAAUUGUAUACAUGGAAGGAUGAUGAGAGAAAUUCAUUCAGAAAUACGAUUAAAUUAGUUGGUGAGUGCAAUGAGCUGCUAGAAUGCAAAAUCGGUGAUCUAUUUGAGAAAACAGAGGAGCUUCAUUUACAAGUGAAUCAUGUUGAAAAUGUGUCGAUGCAUCACUCAUUUUCCAAUUUAAAGGUCCUUCAUGUUUCUGAUUGUAAAGAUUUGACAUACCUCUUCACAGUUGGCAUGGCAAGUGGUUUGAAGAAACUGGAGCGACUCAAAAUCUCCUAUUGCCCUGUUUUGAGAACACUGGUUGGUGAGGAUUGUGCAGUUGGGGUGAUUAGAUUCCCAAAGUUGAAUUAUUUGUAUUUACAUGAUCUACCAAGCAUGGUAAGCUUGUGUGGAACUGUGAUUGAGUUACCAGAAAUGGUAGAGUUGGAUCUUUCGUUCCUUCCCAGCUUCACAAGCAUUUAUCCUGACAACAGUAAUCCAUGUGCGAUAGAAUCCUUAUUGAACAAAAAGGUUGUGAUACCUAAGUUGGAGAAAUUAGAUAUUUUUUAUAUGGAGAACUUGAAGCAGAUAUGGCCAUCUCAAAUGUCUACUGCUGAGAAAAAUAAUGUAAACAUGUUGAGAAUGAUCAACGUGGACAUGUGUGAUAGACUUAUCAAUAUUUUUCCAAACAACCCAUUGCCAAUGCUGAAUAAUUUAGAAGAGCUUGAAGUUAAAGAGUGUGGUUCCAUUGAAGUAUUAUUCGACAUCGACUUUGAAAAUGUUAGUGAAAUGGAGGGAUACAUUAGCAGUUUAAGAAGCAUUGAAGUUCGUGAUUCAGACAAUCUAAAAGAGUUGUGGAGGAUGAAUGGUGUAAAUAACUCUAAUAUCCUCAUCAAUGGCUUUCAAGCUGUACAAACCAUUUAUAUAUUCAGAUGCGAGAGUUUUAAAACUGUAUUCACACCUGUCACAGCCAAUUUUGAUCUCAGCGCACUUACUUCCUACAAGGCUCAUGAGAUUAAUGUCAUAGCAGAAGUGGAUGAUUACAUUCCAGAUGUCACAUACCCAUCUUAUCUUCCGCACACCUGUCCUCACCUUCAACAUCUUGAAUUAUUGAGUGAUAAAAGAGUGGGUGAGAUGGUGUUUGAUAUGGAUAGUCCAACAAGUAGUAGGCAAUUAGCAACAACUCAACCGCCACUACUACUUCCCUACCUUCAAACUAUACAUCUAUUUGGGUUGGAAGAGAUGAGUCAUGUGUGGAGGUGCAAUUGGAAUAGAUUCUUAAUUCGUCAUCAUCCACCUUUGCGAUUUCCUUUCCAAAACCUCACAGGCAUUUACUUGAAUUCUUGUCACAAUAUAAAGUACUUGUUGUCUCCUCUUAUGGCAAAAUAUUUAUCCAACUUAAAGAGUGUGGACAUUGAUGAUUGUGGUGGUAUGGAAGAGGUUAUUUCGAGAGAAGAUGACGAAAACAUUACAUCUGCAUCUUCUUACCAAGACACCGCAUUCUUUCCUCAUUUGGACACUCUGAAGCUUCAAAUGCUCCGAUGUCUAAAGAGUGUUGAUGAUGGUGGCAGGAGGUGCGGGAGUGAUAAACUUUCCUCCAAUAUGAUUCAUGAUGAGUUCCAGAGUGGUCAAGUAAACGUUGCUUGUUGGUCAUUGUGCCAAUACCCCACAAAGAUAUCCAUAAAGGAGUGUGAUGCAUUGUCAAGUCUAAUUCCAUGGUAUGCAGUCGGACAAAUGAAAAGGCUUCAAGAGCUGGAAAUUAGGAAUUGCAGUAGGAUGACAGAGGUAUUUGAAAGUGAAUCUAGUGUUGAUGAAGGAGGUGCACGUGUUGUUGGUGGUCCACCAAUAAAAAACCUUACUAUCGUAGGUCUCCCUCAGCUCUCCAACUUAAAAAGAGUGAAAAUCACAGGAUGUGACCUUCUAUCAUAUAUAUUCACAUUCUCCACCCUUGAAAGCCUCAAGCAACUCAAAGAAUUAAAAGUAAUAGGAUGCAAGGCAAUACAAGUGAUUAUGAAAGAAGAAAAAGAAGCAUCAUCCAAAGGUGUGGUAUUCCCUCAUCUAGAGACACUUAUACUUGACAAACUACCAAAGCUCAAGGGUUUCUUCUUGGGGAUGAAUGACUUUCGAUGGCCCUCAUUAGAUCAUGUAUUGAUCGAUGAUUGCCCUCAAUUGAUGAUGUUUACAUCUGGUCAGUCAACAACUCCAAAGCUCAAGUACAUAGAAACAAGCUUAGGCAAAUAUAGUCCUGAAUGUGGCCUUAACUUUCAUGAAACUUUGGAUCAGACCACAUUCCCAGCUUCUUCAGAGCCUACUAUUCCAAAAGGAGUCCCUUGCUCUUUUCAUAAUCUGAUAGAAAUUAAUAUAGAGUAUAGAUAUGUUGGAAAGACUGUUUUACCAUCUAAUGCGCUGCUACAAUUGGAAAAGCUUCAACAGAUUACUAUGAAUACAUGUCAUGGGCUAGAAGAGGUAUUUGAAGUAGGAUCAUCGGAAGGAACAAAUAAAUCACAAACUCUUGUCCAAAUUCCAAACCUAACACAAGUCAAGUUAGCCAAUGUAGGAGAUCUCAAGUAUCUAUGGAAGAGCAAUCAGUGGAUGGUACUGGAAUUUCCAAACCUGACAACUCUCUCUAUUACAUAUUGCCAUAAACUGGAACAUGUUUUUACAUGUUCCAUGGUUAACAGCCUAGUGCAACUCCAAGACCUACAUAUAAGUGACUGCAACAAUAUAGAGGUAGUUGUGAAGGAGGAAGAAGAAAAAUGUGAUGCCAAAGUAAAUGAGAUUAUCUUACCUCUUCUAAAGUCCUUAAAACUAGGCGAACUUCCAAGUUUCAAGGGAUUUUGCUUGGGGAAGGAGGCUUUCUCAUUGCCAAAGUUGGAAACUUUACAAAUAAAAGAAUGCCGAGCAAUUACAGUUUUCACCAAGGGACAUGUGUCUACCCCUGAGCUCGAAGUAAUAGAUACAAGUUUUGGGUUUUGUUAUGUAAAGACAGAUAUCAACUCCCUUUUAAAGACCAAACAAGAGGAGGGGUGGGAAUUCUAGAACAUGAAGUUCAUAUGUUUUAUCUGCAAGGUUUUAUAAGGUUGGAAUCCGUUGAAAAGUAUAAAGACAUGGAACUGUUGCACUUUGACUUUUGACGGUCAAACAAGGUAAUUUUCAAGCAAAAAAUCAUCCCAUUUUUUUAAAACCUUUAGGACCAACAACUUACUGAGUCAUAUCUAUCUUAUGAGUUAUGACUAUCUGGAUCAGCCUCAGAUUUGCAAUAUCCAUAAUGAUGACCAAUGAACAUGAGGAUUACAAAUGCAGUAGCACACAUGUUUGACUAAAAAAGUAAAAGGGUCCCAAGGUGCAGUUCAAGAUACACUUAUGAAGGUUCACCAACAUCAAGCCCUGAAGUCAAGCAUUUAGAUGUAUUUAUGACAAAUCAAGAAAUAUUACCGAGUGUUGCUGCUUCUAGGUUUUCACGCACAUUGACACUCCUUGCAGAUACAAAUUGACCCAUUUAUGAAUAAUUUCAAAGAUAAUGUUUGAUCUAGGAAAGAAAAUGGUAAAUGAACUGAUAAGUGUAGUCAUAUAUAACAUACCAUUUCGUUUGGUCAUGACAUACAAUGAUGAUGUUUCUACGGAAACAUGGAAGGCUUUCAAAUCAAUUAGUGAAAUUUUAUGGGUUCCCCUUU